AUGGAGUUGCUAAGACAAGUGUCUCAUACACAGUUUCUGUUCCCCGUGGCGGCAGUAGCAGUUGUUUUAAUAUGUGCUACUCUCGUAUUUAUAUUCGGUUUCCACACCGCGGAGCAACCGCAAUUUGAUAAGUUACCUCUGGUACUUGAUGACAGGAAAUCUUCAAAUAAGAAACGGAAAAACAAGGAAAAGAAGUCGUCACCUAUUAGAACAUCUAAUGAUGAUUCAAAAUCAAAGGCUGAGGCUUCGAAAAAAUCUCCAUUAAAGGAGAAAAAGGAGGAGAAAGUUAAGGAUGUUGAGAAACCAAAGCCCAAAGAGAAGGUUGAAGUCAAAGUUGUCAAGAAGGAGGCGGCUGCUGACGUGAAAAAGGCCAAGAAACCUAAAUCGGUUGUUGACGCUGAGAAGCCCGCUGACUUUGACGAGGGUGUAUGGGAGGAAGUGCCAAAGAAGAGUGAUAAGAAGAAAGUGAAAGGCUCCGAGGAAAAAGAGAAGAAAGAAAGUCCUUCAAAGAAGAAUAAGAAGAAGGUUAAUCAGACUGAGGUCGUUGCUCCCCGAUCGGAACCAGUGAAGGAAUCCUCGGAAGUUAUUAAGGUGUUGAGUGUCGAAGGUCCCGAAGUUGACGAGGAAGCUGCCCGAGCUCUACAGGCACAAGUGGAAGAGUUGCAGAGAGUCCUUAAAGAGGCUGAGCGUCUGGACCAGGUAGCUUCCGGUGAAAUUGUGGAGGAAGAUGUUCCGGAAAAUGAGUUGACUGAGGUCAAAGAUCUUAGAAGCAACAAGAAGAAGGAAAACAAAGAGAAACAAAACAAGAAAAAGGCUUCGGAGGCUCCCGUAGCCAAGGCACAGAAAGUGGAGGAAGAGAGUGUGGAACCAUCUGAACCACAAGAAAACAAACCAGUUGGCCCAGUGUUUGAUGAACUUGGAGAUACUUGGACAGAUGCUAAAGUAUCCAAGAAGGGCAAAAAGAAGGCUCGCAAGGACCAGUGA